AUGACAGAUCUCGCAUCGGGGCAGUUUGCGAAACGUGCCGGAACAUCAGGCCCCAUCAGCCUCGCCAUCGACGACGUCAGGACAAUCGAUCGCCGCGCGGUGGAUCGUCUAUCUCGACACGGAGAUUUCCGACAAGUCAUUGAGCGUCUGACGAGGCAACUUAUACAAUGCCAAGCCGCUUUCUCGCAGGAGAAGCCCUCUUUUGUCGUUGAAAUUAUCGUCGUCAUACUCGAAUUCGCGUCUUCCUGCCCGACUCGCAGCCAAGUCGGAACUCUCGACGACAGCAAUUCGUUCACAGCCACGCCGUCCUAUGUACGUGCUUUCUCGUCGCGAAUGUUGGCACGUACACAUGUCGGCGCCCGGCGCGGUGGCCCCCACCUCUGUCUGUUGUUGUCUCGAUGGCCGUCGUCCGCUGCUUCAAAGUCGUCCGGGGGCGUGCCGCACGAGAGAACAAGCCCCCUUUCUCCCGAGGAUUCGGUGGCCCAGAGUACGAAGUACAAUAGUCGUCUCUUCCCUCGUUUAAAUAAGCAGCAAGGAGGGAGGGAGGGGCAUUCCCAAUAUGCUGCUGCACAUUCAUGUAGUCUUUGUAUUGGUUGCUGA